GAUAACGGGGCAUCACGUGACCAGGCGCGUGGCAGUGAUUCCCCCCCUCACCAUCUCUCCUUCAGCGGCACGCGCGCGCCUGCGCGAGAAGGCGGUAAGCUGGUGACGUAGCUCCAGGGACCUGAGCACGGCCGGCAGCUGACGACUACCCAAGGUGCCCCGCGCCGCCUGCGGUCGGCCAUCUUGUUCCGGCGGUGAGGCAGCGAAGCCCCUGGUGUGCUCUCUCCCACCAGGUGUCACUUCACCGUUACCCCGCGCCCCCCCUGCCUCAUUCACCCCCCUCCCCCACCCCCAUUAGGACAUGCCGGAGCGGGCAGAGCGGCGGUAGCGAUCCCCGAGCAGGGCAGCAGAGAGGCGGAGAAGCCACCGAGACGCGCAGUCUCCCCUGACCCCUCCUCCCCAGCAACCUCGCCCCUCAUACGGCGGCAGCAUGGACGCGGUGAACGCAUUCAACCAGGAGCUCUUCUCACUCAUGGACAUGAAGCCUCCUAUUUCUCGGGCAAAAAUGAUUUUAAUUACUAAGGCUGCAAUAAAGGCCAUUAAGCUCUACAAACAUGUGGUCCAGAUUGUGGAAAAGUUCAUCAAAAAAUGUAAACCAGAAUAUAAAGUCCCUGGAUUGUAUGUCAUUGAUUCAAUUGUUCGUCAGUCUCGCCAUCAGUUUGGAAUUGAUAAAGAUGUAUUUGGUCCAAGGUUCAUAAAAAACCUAACUGCUACUUUCCAGUGUUUGUAUCUCUGCCCCACAGAGGAGAAGAGUAAAAUCGUCCGAGUGUUGAACUUAUGGCAAAAAAAUGGAGUGUUUAAAAUUGAAAUCAUCCAGCCAUUACUAGACAUGGCAGCGGGUGCCGCAGCAGCUGAGUUACUGGCAGACAGCUCUGCCAAUGAAGAAGGAUCUCCACCACCUGCAUUACCAUCAGAGCCUAAUGAAGAUGAGCCAAGCUCUGUUCCUGCUGUGUCUAUCCCUCAGUUACCAAGCUCAGAUGCCUUUGCAGCUGUAGCUCAGUUAUUUCAAAGCAGCCAAGGACAGCAGCUCCAGCAGAUUCUUCAGACUUUCCAACAGCCUCCUAAGCCACAAUCUCCAGUUAUUGAUGAGGACAUGUAUGUUCAGAUGCAGUCUGUUACUUCUCAGUCUAUUACUUCUCAAUCUAUUACUUCUCAGAUGAAUCCCCCAACACACCAGACGGACAGGAAAACCGCUUUUGAUAAGUUGCUUGAUAGAUUUGAUUAUGAUGAUGAACCUGAAGCACCUGAUGAGCCAAAGAAAGAGGAGUCGAGCCCCUCUCCAUCACCUCCACAACCCUUCCCAUACCUUGGAGAAGCCGUCCAGCCUCCAGCGUCAUUUACCCAAAUGCCAGGGCAAAUGACAAACAUGGAUCAGUUUCAAGUUCUUCAACAAAGAAUGAUGAUGCCACAGGAGUCUAUGCUUAAUCAGACUUCAGUUCCACCAAAUGGACAAAUGCUUGGAUUUAGUAUGGCUCCUGCUCAAAGCUUCCCAACCAUGGUUCCACCAGUAGGGUCUCAAGCAUCUCCCCAGUCUUUUCUGCAAGCAUCUUUCCCAGUUCAGCAAAAUGAUGUACAGAUGGCAGCAAAAGAUACUCAGCAGGAUGUACCCAUGGAAGUAGAAGAGCCCAGUGUACAGGAGUCCAAGCGCCACAUGCCAGAACGUCAGAAGUCCAUAUCCAGAUCCCCAAAGAGAAGACGAUCCCGGUCUGGCUCCCGGUCUCGCAGGUCUAGACAUAGGCGCUCUCGUUCUCGAUCCCGCGACAGGCGCCGUCACUCUCCAAAAUCACGCUCACAGGAAAAACGUGACCGGGAAAAAGAACGGGAGCGCAAGCUGAAAGGGCUUCCGACUAUUAAAGCGAAUGCAGUUAGUGUUUGCAGCACUACACUCUGGGUUGGACAGCUGGACAGAAGAACAUCCCAACAAGAUGUCGGCAGCCUUUUGGAAGAAUUUGGAACAAUAAAGUCAAUCAAUAUGAUUCCUCCACGGGGCUGUGCCUACAUUGUUAUGGUGGACAGGGUGGAUGCAUAUCGAGCAUUGCAGAAACUUAGUCGAGGAAACUACAAAGUCAACCAAAAGGGAAUUAAGAUUGCAUGGGCGUUAAACAAAGGAAUUAAAGCAGAAUAUAAGCAGUACUGGGAUGUAGAUAUAGGAGUAACCUACAUACCAUGGAAUAAAGUCAAGCCUGAGGAUCUUGUAUCUUUUUGUGAAGGGGGAAUGCUGGAUGAUGACACUCUGUGUCCAGAAUGGAAAGAUGUCCUUAAAAAGGCAGAGAGCACAGAAGCACCUGAAAGCGGAGUAUCUGAGAGUGCACAGACUGAGAAGGAUUCUCCCAUAUCUCAGCCUGUACCUCUGCUGUCUAUCCAGAUUCGUCCACCAAUGCCUGCAAUGCAAUUGCCAUCUGUGCUGCCUCUGUCUGCGGUGUCGGCAGUUCAGACUCUUCAGCCUUCUACAUUACCUUCUCUCCAAGGCUUGACGAUACCACAGGGGUUGCCUCCACCACAAGGGCUUCCUCUCCCGCAAGGAUUGCAUAUUCCACCGUCAUUGCCACCUUUACAAGGAAUGCCUUUGCCUCAAGGAUUGCAUUUCCCAGGCCCAAUAAACAUACCUCCGCCUGGUUUUGCUCCUGGCAUUCCCCCACCACUGUUUAUGAGGCCAGGAUUUAACCCAAUGCAGAUGCCACCAGGCUUUCUACCUCCUCCAGGGAUGCCCCCUCCUAUGACACCUGUGUCUAUUCCCCCUCCAAUGUCUGGAAUGAGCAUCCCAACCUCUACAGCAGGUGCUCCAUCUAAUGACUCGGAUGUAUCUCAAGGAAAUCCUUUGCCCCUUGUACCUGGAAGAGAAAAUAUUGAAUCUGAUGAUGAUGGGAAAGGAUUUGGGCCAGCUCCACAAGGAGGGCCAAAUAAUGCUCCUGGCCCAGUGAACCCACAUCAUGUUUCUUAUAUUGCGCAGCAAAUUCCGUUGCGCUUUACAACCGGACACAACGAUAAAACAAAACUGGGUAAUAACAGUCAUGAGUUGAAAUCCUCACGCUAUAAAUUGUGCAGACUAUUUUGUAUUCUAGCUCACAUUUGUAAAUUUGUACAAACUACUGCAGCCCAAUCCCCACGUAAAUUGUUCAGAUUCUGUUGCAGUCCUAGUCCCACGCUGUAAAUUGUACAGGCUUUGGUAUUUUCUCUCUCCAAGCUCUAAUAAAAUCUCCCCCAGUCAGCUCCUAAUGCUAGGUACACACUAGGCUUGUGGGACCCAUCUUACAAUUGGCAAGUGCAUACACACUUGUCAAUUGUCAGCCCAAUGUGCCUGAUUUCACAUCUAGGUGGGAAUUUACAUGUGCCCAUCCAGUUGUGAUGUCAUUCACUGGCGACUGUCUGCAGCAAGUGUACCAGCGGUCUGCAGACUGCCCAUACACACAGCACGAUGCGCAGAUAUAUCUACAGAUACAUAGGCCAUCGACUAUGCUGCAGGGCCAUUGUGAUAGGUCUGUGAACAACGUAAUUCAGACCUAUCGGAGGUAUACACCUGCAGACACACCCACAAUAUAUUGCUCAUUCAAUGUUACAGGCUGUUUUUGAAAAAUUACAGGUGCUGAUUGGUGCUUUAUCUCACUACACUUUUUCAAUCUCAAGGCUUGAUACAUUUCACCCUCUGGAUAGUAAUCGUCUUAUUGUUUGUGUCCUUUACAAAAAAGUGCAAAGCUGAACAAAUAAAAUGCAUUGCACUAAUCUCUUCAGCCUUGUGUUAGUGGAGAAACAUUCAGUGAUUCUAAAACCGUUUGCAGACUCGCAUUUCAUCACGUUACCCAGCAAACAUACACACCGGGCAAUCCCCGAGAGAGCUAGAUACGAACAUUAUGUAUUAGAUAACUUUUUAUUGUUUGAAAGUUGAUUCUAUAGCAUUUUCCAAUGCUACUGAAGCUUGUGUUAGUGCCAAGGAAUCGGUCAUGUGUAUGAAGCAAGAGGAUGCAUGGAGCUUCCUUUGCAGUGGUUCCUGCUCCAAAGACAUGAGGCAUAACCAACACAAUAUGAACUUGUGAGACCUCAGUCUCUCCAGAAGUCACCAGUUCAAACAGUGUGUUACACUGAAUACAGCUAUCCUAGGCGAUACUCUUCUAAAUGGAAAGGUAAGCUUCUCUCCUUGCAGAGUGCAGAUUCGUCUUAAGAUCCCCAAGUAAUAUCAAAACAGCAUCUUAGGACAUUAGCAGGCAGUACUUGUUAGUGAGUCUCUGGGGAAUGUAUGCUGUAAUCCAAUGUAACAUUGUAUCUGGAAUUUGUCCAAGUAAGAAUACACUUUGCAUGUUACACUUUCUCUGUAAACAGUCUGAAUAUGGUUAUUUAUUGACCUGUGACGAUCAUUCAUACCUAUCUGAGAAGCACUUUAAGGGGGCAUUCAAUUAGCCACAGUAAUUUACCGUGGGCUAAUUGAAGCAAUUAACGGAUUUUAUUUUCGAUCCUGAGCAGGCUGGGUAAGAAAUCCCUGUUACAUAGCUUUUUUGUGGAUGCCGCGACAGUGUUACUGAAUACAGAGGUCUGGGAACUUAUUGCGGGUUCUGUUUAGCGUGUGUUAACACUAAUUUGCCAGACGAGAGAAAGUGGCCUUAAUUGAAUAGCUCUGGGCGUUAAAGCCCAAGGCUACUACCCUUUUUCACCUGCAGUAAAUUACUGCGACUAAUUGAAUUCCCCCCUAAGACUUACUAGGCAGCAUUAUGGUGAGGUAAUUAUAAAAUGUGCCAGGAAAUUGACCACUUACAGGUACCUACAGCUGCACCGCAAUUAUGAAAGUGUGCUUAGUAAACGCAUACUAAACACAUUUUCAACUAAAUGCAUUUGACUAAAAGUGAUGUUCAGGCCAAAUGCAAGUAAAAACGCAUAUAAAAACUUACCUGGUCUCAUGAUUACAAACCCACUGAUGCAAACUGGCCACACGUACUAAUGUAGAUACAGGGACAGUUAUAAUGACGCCCGAAUCUGGCGGCUGUGCGCUAUGCCAGCAGAACUCUCCUAUUUUUUUUAAAAAGGCCAAUCACUUACAAGGCAAAACCGUGCCUUAUGAUUGCCCUUUUAAGAAAAAAGUCAGUUCGGUCGGCAUUUCGCAUAGCCACCGAAUAUGGGCGUCAUUACAUUCGGCCCCUAGUAGCUUUUUGGCACAAUGAUUUUUUAAUUGACCAGCCAUUUACAUGUGCUUAGCUUGUGUUUGAAAGGCCCUUGAAAUGCAGAAUUUUAAGACCAGUGUGUCCAGUAUGUAGCCUUUAGUCAGUCUUUACGAUAUGUUCUGCCUUACUCCCUAAAGUGACACGUGUGAAUAUCCUUUUAUUUAGAUACCCAGAAAGUGUUCACAGAAUAGUAAAAUGAAUAUAUAUAUAUAUAUAUACAUACACACACAAGACUACUUUUAACUGGGAAGUACUUCGUUUUUUCAUUAAGGACUCCUUAGACUAUCCCUAACUGCUGAGGGUGCCUUUCUGAAUAGUUUUCUUAUACACAAUGUAGAUACAUGUACGUGCAUUGCAGCUGGACCUCAUCACUGCAGUACAUUGAGGGCUGUAUGUAAUGAGCUUAGUAAUGAACAUGGUACUUUCCUAGUCUUUACAUUUUGCAAAAAUAGGCUACAUGAUUUCACAUUCAGUGACCAGUUUAGACUGACGGUAGGUUUUAAGCAUACCAGAAGCAUCCAGUCACAAAGCCUGAUGAAUUUUAUUUCAUUGUUAUUUUUAAACCUUUUUAUCUUAAUUGAUGCACUAACCUUUCAUAAUUAUCUUUACUUGGGACAAUGGAACGUUCGUUUUACCCAGAAGGAUGUCAUUUUGCACUAUGUAUUGUUUUGUAUUUAUUUAAAUAAAGUUUGGUUCUAAA